UUGUCCCUCUCGCACCUUCAGCCACUGUCUCUGUGUGUGAAAGCAAUUUUAUUUUUAUUUAUAACAAUUUUUGCGUUUAUAAACAACAGAAACCCAAAGUGGGCUCUACACUCUUCCUGGAACCGCUCGCAUCAGCUGUUGGGCUCCGGCAUUACACAGCUUACAGACCAGACCGACAAACUGGGGGCCAGAUACCAUCGUUUCCACCUCCAUUUCCCAGUCGUCCAGAGAAAGAAACCUGCUGCGGAUUCCAGCCACUUUUGUUGAUCAUUAUUCGACGAUAAGUGUGUGGAAAUCGGCCGAAUAAAGCUGCAGACACGUCACAGGAGAGCCGGGAAAGCGGUGUGACACUCGCCGGAAAAGUCAGCGCAUAGGAAAAUUCCAUAGGAGGCCCAGUGAAAGGCAGAGCAAAUCAACUGCAUGCCAUGGACUUCUUGUUCGGUUCCCGUUCCAGCAAGACCUUCAAGCCCAAGAAGAACAUCCCGGAGGGCACCCACCAGUAUGAUCUCAUGAAGCAUGCGGCAGCCACACUGGGAUCGGGAAACCUGCGCAAUGCAGUGGCCCUGCCGGAUGGCGAGGAUCUCAACGAGUGGGUGGCGGUUAACACCGUGGACUUCUUUAACCAGAUCAACAUGUUGUACGGCACCAUCACCGAGUUUUGCACCGAGGAUACCUGUGGCAUCAUGUCGGCUGGCCCGAAAUACGAAUACCACUGGGCCGACGGUUUGACCGUGAAGAAGCCCAUCAAAUGCAGCGCCCCCAAGUACAUUGACUAUCUAAUGACCUGGGUGCAGGACCAGCUGGACGACGAGACCCUGUUUCCCUCCAAGAUCGGCGUGCCGUUUCCAAAGAACUUUCACUCCUCCGCCAAGACCAUACUGAAGCGUCUGUUCCGCGUGUAUGCGCACAUUUAUCACCAGCACUUCACAGAGGUGGUGACGCUGGGCGAGGAGGCCCAUCUGAACACGUCCUUCAAGCACUUCAUUUUCUUCGUGCAGGAGUUCAAUCUGAUCGAGCGGCGCGAGCUGGCCCCGCUGCAGGAGCUCAUCGACAAGCUGACGGCAAAGGACGAGCGGCAAAUAUAGGAAUCACUGCAGGCAGCCGGGAAUUCCAGGGAUUCCGGCGGUGGUGGCGUUGGCCUGGGCUUGCAGUUGGACUUGUGAUGGGAGCGCUCUGGCAGACUUGUGUAUUACGCUUUAGUUAGUUACCGCCAAUCCUUUAAAGUUUCGUUCAUUGCUUCUUGGGGUGCCUCCCACUAAAACAAAACAAAAAAAGUGCGCCAAACUAUAGCGGACUAAUUGCUGAUCCAGAGCAACAACUAUAUUUUUAUAUGUGAAUCGUAAACUUUAAGGAGUAUAAAUCAUAUUUAUGUAUAUGUAAAGGAGAAAACAAAAAGCAUCAGCAGCAACAGCACGCCUUCUACCACUAACACAUCCCGCUUUCGAGAAACAUCCAAUAUUACGUUCACAAACUUUGCGUGUUUCCUUGUUUAUCGUUUUUCUUUCUGUAUGUAUUGUAUGUAUUUAUUACUAUUAAACUAUCGCUAUUUAGCUCGGAGUCGUCCAGCGGAUCAAGCGAUUUUGUAAUGCGAACCCCAGCAAUGUGAGGCGACGGUCGACAGCACCCAAUAACUGAUAAUAAUUGUAGACUUGAUAAACAUUUUUGAUACGUUUUAUACUAAUAAAGAGAAUAUUAUGAAUAAA